AUGUUGGAUGUAAUUCGUAGCUUGAAAAGUUUGUUGAAGACCAGCAGAAUACAGAUCGACAGCGAUGUCUUUCGACUACAUUAUGCCAUUACCGUAAUAGUGCUACUAUCUUUCACUGUCGUUGUUUCAAUGAAACAGUUCGUUGGUGAACCGAUUGACUGUAUGAAAAGCCGAGAAGUUCCCCAAAGUGUAAUCAACACCUAUUGCUGGAUCCAUACAACCUUCUCUAUGCCUAGUGCCUAUGACAAAAAGGUAGGUAAGGAAAUUCCUUACCCUGGCGUGGACGCAGGGUAUUUACCAGGCGACAGUCAUACGGAAGAAUUUAAACAUCACAAAUAUUACCAGUGGGUGUGUUUUAUGCUGUUUUUUCAAGCAGCUUUGUUUUACUUCCCUGGGUGGCUUUGGAAGUUGUGGGAAGGUGGGAGAAUCCAAGCUUUAAUGAUGGAUUUGGAUAUUGGGUUGUUUGCAGAAACAGAGAAAAAUCAGAAAAAGAAACUCUUGGUUGAUUACUUAACCUCUAGCUCAGGUCAGCACGACUGGUAUGCCGUAAGAUAUUUUUUUUGUGAAGUCUUAGCAUUUAUUAAUGUUAUUGGUCAGAUGUUCUUAAUGAAUCGGUUUUUCGACGGAGAGUUUUUAACUUACGGUUUGGAUGUUAUAAAGUUUUCAGAAAUGGAACAAGCCGAGAGAUUAGACCCAAUGAUUCGAGUGUUUCCACUAGUAGCGAAAUGCAGGAUGUUCAAGUUUGGCUCGUCAGGAAAUCUGGAAUCACAUGAUGCUUUGUGUUUAUUGCCAUUAAAUAUUAUUAAUGAAAAAAUUUACAUAUUUUUGUGGUUUUGGUUCAUACUUCUAGCAAUUCUUACUGGAAUUGUUCUUAUUUUCAGGAUAGUUAUUAUUGCUUGCCCGCCUGUAAGAGUGUACUUACUAAACUUUCGUUUUCGAAUCGUUUGCGUAGAACAUUUACAAACUGUUAUCAAACGUGGCUCUCUUGGAGAUUGGUUUCUUAUUUAUAUGUUGGGCCAGAACAUAGAUGCAGUGAUUUUUAAAGAAGUGAUAGCAGAAAUGGCCAAAAGGGUAACAACAGAACGAAAAGAUGUAGUUUAAUGCAGCACAAACGGUCUAACGUCAGACCAACU